UCCGCGUGACGCCAGGUUCUAGAGCAGCACAGGCGCUCGCAUUCCCGGGCGGUGACCCCGCGACACCAGCGACAUGGCCGCAGUCAGCAGUCACAGCUGAGAGGUCUCCGACGAGAUGUGUUUGAGGCAGGUCCUAUGUAACCCAGGCGGACCUGGAACCGACAAUGAUCCUCCUGCCUCGGCCUCCUGCGUUUGGAUUACAGAGUUGUUUGAAUGGGAUGAUGCCAAACCCACAGAUACAGAGGAACGACUUCUACAAUGAACACUGACACAGCGUAGCCCGCAAUGGCUCUACGGCCGCCAGGUGAGGCCGAGCUCCAGGACAAGGUGUGCUACCCGGCCGAGCGGCUCCAGAGCAGCCCCCAGCCCCUGGCUCCCUACUACUCGCCGUUCCCAGCCUACGGCCACUACAGGAGCGCCUUGCCGGCCGCGGAGGAGGACUUCCAGCCCCUCGGACAGCUGGAGGCCGCGAUGUCCGCGUCUCAGGCAAUGACCCCUUUUCCCUUCGGGAUGGCUUCCCCCUUGCUGAGUCCGGGUCUGGCUCUGCAAAGGGAGCCGCUCUUCGACAUGCCCUGGUACACCAAGCUACCUCUGUGGUACCCAGUUUCCCACCUCCCUAGGGAGGUGCCACUCUUUCUGAACAAUCACGAGUACACGGGCGCGAGCGGCGACGAUCUGGUUCCCGGGACUGGCCACAGAGACAGCAGCCAGGGCUGGGGCCCUGAGACUUUAAUUCCGCUGCCCCCUGUGAAUGCUUCCCCGUUACCUGAGGGGCUGAAGACCUCCCAGUUAGUAUCUUCCCCCAGCAAGCGCUGUGAAGAGAGCCCCAAACCUCCGAACCGAGAGGCGGAGUCGUCUCCAAGUCGUCGUUUCCACUUCUCUGAGGAGGAGCUGCACUUCGUUCUGUACGGCGUAGCGCCCAGCCUGGAGCGCUCGGCCAGACUGCAUCAUGCGAUUUCGGGCCUCCCGGUCCCCGCCGACAGCUCUGGGUCUGAGGAGCAUCCUCCUCCAAGUCUGGAUAAAGACUCCCUUCAGCUUCCAGAAGGUCUCUGCCUGGUGCAGACGAUGAUGUUGGGUGCAAUGCCACACUUCAGUGUGUUCUGCAGCAGUUUUCUCGCCAAAGGCAUCAGGUUUGGGCCCUUUCAAGGUAAAGCGAUCAGCGCCAGAGAACUGAAGACCCACAGUGACAAUUCCCUGAUGUGGGAGAUCUUUGAAGAUGGUCACUUGAGUCACUUUAUAGAUGGAAGGGAGACGGGGAACUGGAUGUCUUACGUCAACUGUGCCCGCUUCCCCAAAGAGCAGAACUUGGUUGCUGUUCAGUGUCAAGGACAGAUAUUUUAUGAGAGCUGCAAGGAGAUUUACCAGAACCAAGAGCUGCUUGUGUGGUACGGAGACUGCUACGAGAAGUUUCUAGACAUUCCUGUGAGCCUUCAGGUCACUGAGCAGGGCUCUCCACCAGCAGGGCCCACAGAAGAGUCUACAGAAGGUUAUAGAUGCGAGAGAUGCGGAAAAGUGUUUACUUACAAAUACUACAGAGACAAGCACCUCAAGUACACUCCCUGUGUGGACCAGGGUGACCGGAAGUUCCCCUGCUCGCUGUGCAAGAGGUCCUUCGAGAAGCGGGACCGCCUGCGAAUCCACGUUCUGCACGUUCACGAGAAGCACCGGCCACACAAGUGUUCUACGUGUGGCAAGUGUUUCUCUCAGUCUUCCAGCCUGAACAAGCACAUGCGAGUCCACUCUGGAGACAGACCCUAUCAGUGUGUGUACUGUACCAAGAAGUUCACUGCCUCCAGCAUACUCCGCACACACAUCCGGCAACAUUCCGGGGAGAAGCCCUUCAAGUGCAAGCACUGCGGCAAAUCCUUUGCGUCCCACGCUGCCCACGAUAGCCAUGUCCGCCGCUCACACAAGGAGGACGAGGGCGGCUCCUGCGGCAUCUGUGGGAAGGUCUUCCCCGAUCAUGAAGCCCUGGACUCCCACGUGAAGGUUCACGAAGACUGCACACCCUCGGAGUGCGGAGCCGUGUGAAGCUGAGGGCUUGGACUCUCCCUGGCUCUCCUUAUGGGUGUGCGGUAGGGUGGGGAGAAAGAACCAGCCAGCCUGCUGAACUGAGCAGGUUUGUUGGGCCCUUGUGGAAAUGCUUUCCGCAGUUGUUAACAAGCAUAGAAUGUGGGGGGCCUUAGCCGGAACAGUGAGAGCUCAGAGGAGAUAUGGCCUGAGGGUCCGAAAACGCCACACCUACCCCGAGUGCCGCAGGUGUCCCUGCAGAGUCCUAGGCUGGCUGUCGUGGAGAAGCAGGCCUUCUCUUCUCUCAUUUGAUUUGGUCCCCCAGAUGCGCCGCCUGCCCAUCCAGUCCUGUUUUCUUCGUAGAACAGAUUUUUUUUCAUUGAUUCAAGCUACAGCUCGAUUAUUAGUAGUCAAUUAAGUCUUCAGAUGUGAAUGAACCUUUUAUCUUUAUUUGGAUUCAUUUUUAAGCCCUUCGUUCCUACCCCGCCCCCAGCACGUGCCAGAUAACGCACUUGGUACCAAAUAAAGCUACUCAACAGGGACCGGAGCGGGUCAUCCACUCUGCCCUCUGUCACCUAUGCCAACUGGGAAAGGAAAAUUAUAACCAGAGAGACAAAGGCUAAACACCUAUUUGUGUUGCUCUGGUUUUAACGUGAUUUCACUUCUGAUAAAUAAA